CCAAUAGGAAGCGGCGGUAAAACCCACAAACAGCGCUGUGCGCGGCUCCAUAUUGGAUCUGAAUCCUCCCAGAAAUACUCUCCUCGGGCGGUCUACCUGCUCAUGUUAUCUAACACACGGACCAGAAGCCCCCAGUGAUGAGGGCUGGCAGCCGGCAAACAGCGGCGUCACCGACAGACCUCCCCCGGGACUCUGCUUCUCCGAGCGGCGUCAUUCCUGCUGCGAGCGCCGUAAUAACCGGAGCUCAGAAAUUAGGUCAACGGCGCACCUGAGGAGCGGCUGCAAAAAGUGGCAUGCAGAGUGAGAAAGAACCACUGGGACUGAGAUAGGGCUGCCAUGAUGUUUACACUGACUGAGGUUGCAUCCCUGAACGACAUCCAGCCAACAUACCGCAUCUUAAAGCCAUGGUGGGACGUCUUUAUGGACUACCUGGGCCUGGUCAUGCUCAUGCUGGCCAUAUUCGCAAUGACCAUGCAGAUCACCAAGGACCACGUCGCGUGCCUUCCUUAUCCAGAGGAAGCGGGCGAAGCUUCAGGAACUGAUAAUCCACAGUGCACCACCCUAAAAGCUUCCUCACCAACAGCCACCGGAGCCCCUACUACCACUAGCAUGCCUUUGGUCACUACAGGGAAGUCGAACAAAGCAGUCACCGGCGUCCUGCCAACAGAUCGGCCUACGGCAGCACAGAAAACUUUCCCUCAAUAUGAACCAAGAGGGAUUAAAACCAACCUGGACUUUCAACAGUAUGUCUUUAUCAACCAAAUGUGUUACCAUGUUGCCUUGCCCUGGUAUUCCAAGUACUUUCCGUACCUCACCCUCAUCCACACCCUCAUCCUCAUGGUCAGUAGCAAUUUCUGGUUCAAGUACCCCAAAACCAGUUCAAAGAUUGAGCAUUUUGUAUCUAUUUUGGGACGUUGUUUUGAGUCUCCUUGGACGACAAAAGCGUUGUCCGAAACGGCUUGUGAGGACUCUGAGAACAAACAGAGGCUGACAGGCAGCUCCUCGGGCCCCAAACAGGUGUCUUUAGAGGGGAAGGAGGAAGGCGCCGAUGCCAACCAAUCCACACCGAUGCUUGGGGUGAAAUUCUCUGCGGAUAAGCCCCUUGCAGAGGUCCCAAGCAGCAUGACAAUCUUGGAUAAAAAGGACGGAGAACAGGCCAAAGCCUUGUUUGAGAAGGUGAGAAAGUUCAGGGCCCACGUAGAGGACAGCGACUUUAUCUACAAGCUCUAUGUAGCCCAAACAUCUGUCAAAACUGUAAAGUUUAUCCUGAUCUUGUCCUACACUUCCACAUUCCUGGCUAAAAUCUCCUUUAAGCAUUGUUGCGAGCCUGACAUGGAGCAGCUUAUAGGCUAUAAGAGAUUCUACUGCACACACAACAUGGCUUUCAUGCUGAAGAAGCUGCUCAUUACCUACAUGGCAUUGAUCCUCAUCUAUGGGAUAACGUGCCUCUACUCGUUGUUUUGGGUGUUCCGGCGACCUCUAAAAGAGUAUUCCUUCGAGAAGGUAAGGGAGGAGAGCAGCUUUAGCGACAUCCCUGAUGUCAAGAACGACUUUGCGUUCCUCUUGCACAUGGUAGACCAGUACGAUCAACUUUACUCCAAACGCUUCGGUAUCUUCUUAUCCGAAGUCAGCGAGAACAAGCUGAGGGAGAUCAGCCUCAAUCAUGAGUGGACCUUUGAGAAAUUAAAGCAGCAUGUCACGCGCAACGCACACGACCAGCAGGAGCUGCACCUCUUCAUGUUGUCCGGUCUCCCAAAUGCGGUGUUUGACCUGACGGACUUGGAGGUGCUGAAGCUGGAGCUGAUUCCCGAGGUCAGGUUCUCUGCGAAGGUUUCCCAGAUGACCAGUAUGCAAGAGCUGCACCUGUGCCACUGCCCAGCCAAGGUGGAGCAGACAGGUUUUGCCUUCCUGCGGGAUCACCUGCGCCGCCUGCACGUGAAAUUCACAGAUGUCGCAGAGAUCCCGCCGUGGGUCUAUCUGCUGCGGAGCCUGAGGGAGCUUUACCUCAUCGGGAACUUGAACUCUGAGAACAACAAAAUGAUCGGCCUGGAGUCCAUGAGAGAUCUGAGGCAUUUGAAGACAUUGUGCCUGACGAGCAACCUCACCAAGAUCCCAACCAACAUCACGGAGCUGUCUCCGCAUCUGCUUCGGUUAGAGGUGCACAACGACGGGACCAAACUGCUGGUCCUGAACAGCCUGAAGAAAAUGACGAGCCUCAUCGAACUGGAGCUGCACAACUGCGAACUGGAAAGGAUCCCUCACGCCAUCUUCAGCCUCACCAACUUGCAGGAACUUGACUUGAAGUUGAACAACAUCAGAACUAUAGAGGAGAUCAUCAGCUUCCAGCACCUCAAGAGGCUGACAUGCCUGAAACUCUGGCACAACAAAAUCCUCACUAUCCCCGCGUCCAUUGGUCACGUCAAAUCUCUGGAAGCUCUCCACCUUUCUCACAAUAAACUGGAGUCCCUUCCUUCAGCCUUGUUUACUCUUCAUAAACUGCGACACUUGGAUGUGGGCCAUAACUCCAUCACAGUGCUUCCACCAGACGUGGGUCUUCUCAACAACCUCCAGCAUCUGGCCAUUAACUCGAAUAAGCUUGAAGCCCUGCCCAAACCUCUCUUCAGAUGCACCAAGCUGAAGGUACUCUGCCUGGGCCACAACGCGCUCAUCACCCUACCGGAGUCCGUGGGUCAGCUGGUGCAGCUCACGCAGCUAGAGCUCAGAGGAAACUGCCUGGACAGACUGCCCGCCCAGUUAGGAAACUGCCGACUGCUGCGUAAAAACGGCCUCAUUGUGGAGGACCAUCUUUUUGACACCCUGCCUGUGGAGGUCAAAGAGAGCAUUAGCAGAGAAACAAACGUCUCCUUCGGUGGCUUAUAGACCGUCUGAAAGGAACGGGAAUGAAAAAACGUAAUUAUCGUGUUAUUUACUAAAUUGAAUGCAUUCACGUGAGCAUUUCAGAUUAUGUUAUCGGUUGCUAACAUUACUAUAGCUUUAAAGAUGCGUUUUAAUUUUUGGGGCGUUUUUU